AUGGACGGACUGAAUAUCCCCGAAGAGGUGGAACAGGAGCGUUAUCGUCUACUUGCUGCUAUCAAAUCUGCACGCCGCCCAUCUGUCCAGCCAGAGCCUGCCUCCAGCACCUCACCCGCUCGUUUAUCCAGUUCAAAAACAGCACCAACACUCCAGAAACUGCAUGAAGAAUACAAUGCACUUGUAGAUCAGCGCAACAAACUCCGCAGACAGCCUCUUGCAGACCCACUCGAGGCUCUCCCGCCCGAGCUGUGGAUCGAAUGUCUGCUGUAUUUGCUGUCUGAUGAGAAUGGCCCAGAUGUCAUCUAUCCACUCCUUCUCGUCUCCUCCUCCUGGUCCCGCAAGCUCCUUGCCGUCCACGCUCUCUGGAACACGCUCGUUCUCGACGACAACCCCGAUGUUCUUCACCGUCUACACGCUGGUCUCCAUCUGUCUGGUACUCUCCCACUCACAGUCUUGAUUCAGCUCCCACCACCGACGCUCUUUAUCGAUUCAGAUUCAGCCGUCCUCCCAGACACGGCUUAUGCACCUCUGCUGGAACCACAAACAAAAAAGAGGAUACGACGGAUCAUCUUUACCCAGUCACUCGCCUCCCAUCGUGCCCACAAACCCGGAGACGACGGCCCCUUUAUCGCCUUUUACGAUACCGCUUUUUCUCUUUUGAAACCAUUCAAGCAACUCGAAAGUCUCGAAGAAGUCAAGAUGCGUCACGAGUUUGACUAUUACUCGCGCACCCUCCUCGAGGAGGGAUUCCCCGUCUCCAAACGAUUGCGUGGCGUCUGGCGUUGGUGUCUUCCAGGCAUCACAUUAGAACGGAUGAUGAACGAUCUCUACAAUUUACAGGAGAUGCCAUCAGAUACUAUGCCCAGCGACGCCUUGUCCGACGUUCGUCUCUCAGCAAUGCCAGAACUCCGGCAUCUUUCCACCAAUAUGACUGUCGAACGCGCCUGCAGUCUUCUCUCACGACUUCCCUCUCUUCAACAUCUCAUGCUAACCUCGCCCCAUGCCCGUGACAACCUCUAUGCUUCGUCUCCAUCUCAUUCUGAUCCAGUCCUCUUAUCCACUCUCGCAUCCACCCAGCUCUCUAUGCUAGAAUGUAGCCAACUAAUUGCACCAGCACACCAUCCAUUGUUUCAUCUUCCCACCCUCACUGUACUCUGCCUCGACCUGACCUGGCCCUCACUAUCCGAAUUUCUACAGAGUUUCGCCACUCUACCAAAGCUCACAAGACUGGAACUGGGCAUGAAGGAGAGCGACGAGAUUGGCCUGGGGACCAGCCCGGAGCGAUCAAAGGGCUUUAUCGUUCCGAGUAUCCUUCCUGACCUCUCCUCUGUCCGUACUCUGAUUCUUCAAAACUAUGAUACAGAGUACUGGCCACUAGGCGACGGUAUGGAUGAAGAUGCCGAGUCGCUCUCCUCCAACUCGGACACGGAAGACGACGAAAUCUCACCAGAAAAGGCUACAACAUCCACUGGAAAUGAGCGACCGCCUACACGUUCCCAAUCCCCCUCUCCUCGACGCCGAACCGCUUCGCCCAUGUUUGCACACCUCUUGCAUGCCUGCCAGACCAUGCUCUCUGGCGUGACAGACUUGACUCUGACGUUUCGAAUACGCGUCUCUGUCUGGCCCGUGGUCGGAUACCUAUCCAGCAUUUCCAGCGUAUUGGAAAAGAUUUGCGUCAGCGGCAUGCUCAGCACCAGUCGACGAGGUGCCCUCUACCCCAACACCACUUCCUCUUCCUUGCCCAAAGUCAACGGAACCUCGAAACGUCAACGACAGCGAACACCUCACCAAUCCUUUGCCUCUCUCCCUGCUCUCCACGAAUUGACAGCAUUCACUUCGACCAUUUUGCGAUUCAUCGAGGCGCCAAAUUUGCAUACAUUACACUGCCCUGAUCCUACACCCUUGUUCCUCUCGCUCACGUCGUACAUGGCGAGCAAGCAACGAAGCGCGUCGUCACUCCCGUCUCCAAAACCCUCGUCGGCCCUCUCUACUCCACCACCUCUGACACCGCCAUCCGUACCAGACCCUAGUUCCUCCAAACCACCACCCCAGUUGAAACGCAUCACGCACUCUUCGAGAAACCGCGCCCGAAGACAGAUUCACUUACGCGCUGGGUCGUCGCUUCGAAAAGUGAUACUUCACCCUGCUCAAGCUCCACUUCUUUCUAUCAUGGAUACGUCGCAUUUGAAGAUUCUUCACUGGGUUGGUGGAGGUGAAGAAGUGCGUGGUGCGCGGGGGGAGUGGGCUGAAGUCAACGAGUAUGGAGAGAUGCUCCUCCAAGAAUCGCUCACCACGACGCAGCCAUCCUUUUCGGGAAAUGGCAUCGUCGACGAGAAAAAAGAGGAAGGGCCAAGUAGAAAGGAAAGCAACGACGAGAGCGAGCGGGGUCCGCCCGUGGCGAUGGGUAUUGCCGCGUAUUCCCUCCUCAUCCCAUCCAUUGAAGAGAUUAAAUUUGGCUCAGAGGCGAUCAUGCCCGAGGUGCUCAAGUUUCUCGAAGGACUAGGAAAGACGGACAAAUGCACCUCGUCCUCACGCCCGCAGUCGAAUUUGAGCACACGAAAGGGUCCUGGUGCAGAGUGGAGGAGAAGUAUGACGACGUGGCAAGAUUUCGAAGAAGAAACCGAUGAGGAGUGCCAUUUCCCGUGUCCGAAUCUAGAGGUCAUGGCAUUUGGAGGCUACCCUGCGUUUGAUCUCUUGUUGCGAGUAUUAGAGACGAGAAAUCUUUGGUUCCCGCCUUUGUUGGCUACACAGGGGGACGGUGCCACGACUCCGCGGCUCAACGGCGAGACGAGUCGAGAUAAAGGCAAAGAACGUGCGGGCACGCCUGGUUCUCGUGGUGGGUCGAAACCGCCGAGGAAGAUUACGAGGAUUUUGUUGCCUGGGUAUCCUGCUCCGGAUACGUUGUCGAGUAUCGUCAGAUUGCUUGGUCAACGGCUGAGUACGCCGGAUGAUGGCGAGGGCGUGACUUUUUCAUACGACGAGCGGUAUUUCAAGGAAAAAGUACCCGGGUGCCAUUAUUGCUUUGCCAGUGGAUGGAGGUGCAAGACGCCCGUGCAUCCCAAGCCUUACUCGUUUGAUGAUCUCGUUCAGAAUAACGGGGAAGGCGAGGACGAGGACGCGCAGGAUCAAGAUGCGCAAGAGGAAGGUACCGUGCGAGCAGAAGGAGACGUUGCGGAUGCAGACGAGCUGGAUGCGUUGGAAGUAGGGACACUCGAGCUCGAUUCGUUACUCGGAGAAUCGAGUGCUGCUGGUUCAGAAGAAUCGAGUAUACAGGAGAGUCCAGAGAGGGCGUACCCGAAUGGCUCCCUUGCCAAUGGACACCCCUCAGUCAAGAUGGUGGAGGCCCAAGAGGGGGAUGAUCUCGUCUCGCCGGCGCUUUCGAAAGAGGACAUGUCCGACGCCUCGCCUGGGCACAUCGGGACCGGGAACGAUGCCGAAGGAGAGAGUUCAGGGUGCGCCAAAGAUUUGGAUCUGACAAUCUCAGCUCGACCAGGUUCGAGUCGGGCUUGUCCAAUGACAAACGGCCAGACGUCGCCGCCGCGUGCGCCAGAAGAGACAACAACGCAGAAUGGCGAUGCAGCAGCAGGAACUGCUGCAUCUUCUUCUGCUUCCGCAAGAUAUAUUGAAGGUGAAGGCUCUUUGCGCUCGCAAUCUUCCGAAGAGCGUGAUCCAACCAACGCGACGGCCCCUGUUGACAAGGGUAUUGCGCCUGUUUCGUCGACCAGUGGGGACAAGCCACCAUCAUCAUCACCACUAUCGGCUUCGGCACCGGAUCCGCAGUCGCUUGGGAGAGAGACGGUGCCGGAAAGUGGGCCGUCUACUGCGAAAAAGGGCGAGAGGGAAGAUGAGGGCGAGUGGAUGAGCUCGUGGUGGAAGACGUAUGAUGCCAAUGAGCGACGGUUUCGCGAGUGGACGGCAAAGUACUAUCGCGAGGGGUAUUGUCUGCGCCAUGAUCCGGAGAACCUGGUCGAGAUUACAGAGGACACGCUGAGCGGGGUCAAGAGUGACUGGUUGGACUCGUAUGAGUUUACAGAGGGCAAAGAGGAUUCAGAGGCCUGGAGAAAAGAACGCGAUCCAUCAGUCGGUCCGUUUGUCCAUAUUGUCGCCAACCACCGCCGUCGUAGCUCAUUGCCAUCGACGAGCAUUGCCGGCUCUAUCCUCCUUAUGACCAAUCUCCGCAAACUCUCCCUCUCUAACGUGAUUCUCCCCGGCGAGCUAAUAAACGCGCUUCCGGAUCUGCAGAAUCUCGAAGAAUUGGAACUCGAACGAUGCAGAGCCGAGACCAUUCUUGUUCUAGACCAGACACCCAUCUCUGAUCAGUUGGUCAACCAGCGUAUUCAAGAGGGGAAUGGGAUACAAGUUCAGUUACUGAUGGGCGACCAAUCGAGCAACGAGGCUGGCGUCCCCUUGUUCAAUUCUACGACCCCGAGAUGGCCCCCUCGUCUCACACGCGUGUCCCUAAGUGGCAUCGCAUCUGCUCCGACAAUGUUUGACUUUCGUAUGCACGGUGGCGCCAUGUCCUACGAUUUCACACGACUCGACGGUGUCGAGCAACUGUAUGCCACCAUCAUUUCCCCGCACCUUUGCUCCCUUCGAACGACAUCAGAGGCGUUUCGUACCGUUUUCGAGGCAUACAAAAAGGCCUUGUUGGUCACCAACGCCACCGACGAACAUUAUAUCCCCUCUCAGCUCACCGACUUUCGUAUUGUCUAUUCCAAUGCGGAUGGAGGCGCACGACGGCUAUUCGACUUUCUCGAGUCGUUUGGCCACCGUCUUUCCCAUCUCGAGAUUGCAGAGACGACCAAGGAAGAAUGUGUCGAUCUUGUGAUGCUCCUCCGCGAUCGGUUGGGCAUGGCUUCCCACUCCUUCGAGGAUGCAAAACCCUUUCUCCAAUCCCUCCAAUCCUUCACUGGUCCAUCAUGCCUGGCACCCCUCUUUUUCCAGGCGGCCAAUAUCAAAAGCUUGUGCAUCCGCGACUCGUUUAGCAAAGUCGCCAACGACAUUCUCUGGCGAGACGGGACGCAUCCUGGUGCGAUUUUCCCGGGUGCAACGAACGGGACGAUGCACUUUCACCUUGCUCAAAAUGUGUUUGCCUUACCCUCGAAUCAUACGGCGUUGUCUCCCUCGACAGAGUGGGGCGCCGUUUACAAUUUUUUCGGUCCACCUGAGCAAGGAGCACACCCAAAGGCCCACUUGAUGGAGCGCAUCGAGCGACAGGUCACAAAAUACCUCACCAAUGCCCUCCAUACAACCGUUUCCUCCCUCAAGACUUUGGCGGGUGCGUUGGAAAGAUUGGAGUUUACUGUCGUACGGUGGGAUAUCGACUUGUUGUGGAUGAUCGUCCAGGAGUUGCCUCAGUUGACCGCACUCGAAAUUCGUUGUCUCACUGAGGGACCGGACUCGCAAUUAUUCGAGUCCUUUUGGGGAAUUUUUCUUCGACGGUUGCCCAAACUCGUCGCACUGCACAUCUACGACCUCUCCAAGCCGUCCCUCUCCGAGUCCUCGAGCAAAGAUGCGGGUUCUGAUCCAUCAAUCGACAUCUUAGGCAACCAAACUUUUCCACUGCACAUGAUUUCGCGCGAGAGACACGCGUUUUCGUCGUUUUCGAUGACGAGGGCGAUUGUUUGGAACGCAAUGGCGCACCGUACGCCUGAUGAGAUGACGACUGGUCAAGGAUGGGGAUACACUGUGCGAGAGCAGUGGGUGGGCGUCGUCGGGGAUGAUCCACUCGCACGCCUCAAGCCGCCUGCGCAAAAGGCGGGGUUUGAUUCGAAUAUCUGGAAGGCUCGUAGCGAGUCUCCGAUGCCAAGCUUUGAGUUGUCCGAGUCGAGUGAUGAGGAGAUGACGUUGGAUGCCAUCCGGCCUUUUGGACGUGGAAAGGGAAAGUCGUUGCCGAGAGGGACCGCUGGAUCGCAUGAUUCUUCUUCUGCGAGGCGUCACUCUGCGCAUGGUCAAAGAGGAAGAACAUCUGGAGGAAAGCACCUCCCAUCGCGGUUGCGCGUGUUGGAAAUGGAUGAUAGGUUGACGUCGGAUUCGGGAGAUGGAGACGAUGAGUGGAUCGUUCCUGAUUCCGAGUACGAGUUGGAUGGUCCUUUGUCUACUAUUGGACGGAGAAUUGGCCCUAUGCAGCCGUCGACGAUAACCGAACCAGACUAUGCAAGCCUGCACCAACCCUCGCCGCAAUUGGUCCCAAACGAACAUCCGAACGACGAAUUGGGAGGACUCUUUCCCAAUAAUUUUGACGAGGGCUUUACGCCGAUGGGUAAUGAGACGUUUGGCCAACUGGCAUACGAAGGCGCGGAUGAAGUCGGCCAAUCACAGAUGGGAUCUCAUCCUUACGGACACCAUUCGUCGUCGAGCUACACUAGCUCGGUACUCUCCCAUGCUCCGAGUAUCAGCGACCUAUCUCAUCCAGCGUCCCACCCGGCCUCGGUCUCUGGGCGAUCACGCUCACAUUCGACUCACUCCUUUGGAUUUCAAGCCCAUGAUCUCCUCUAUGUCGACCCUACGAUGACGGUGGCCAACGAGGUGGCGAGCAGACGAGGCUCGUUGGACAAUUUCUGCUACGAUGCGGAUCAGGACUAUGAAGAUUUGACGAGGUCGGCUCAGUCUUUGACUGAAUCUCAAUCGUCUUCGUCCUACUCAGUUCAAUCGCCGUACCCUUCCUUGGACGCUUCGCAGUUUGGAUGGGCAAAUACGCCUAGCAUCUCAUUGACCCAUGCGUCAACUUCUAGUGCGACGUCGCUAUCGAUGCCGCACACCGUCGGCGCCUCGAGCGGAUUCAAUGUUGACUAUCAAUACGGGUCCAGCCCCUAUGAUCCAAACCCAUUCGACGAUACAUUUGAGCAAUCGUACAUGCACCAUCAUCAUUCGACACGAGCCAUGUACGAGAUUGUCGCUCCAGAGGUUACCGCAAAUGGAUGUGCUGUAGUGCCUGCGGGGUACGAGACGGAUACGAGCAUAUACGACACGGGUGCAUUGUUCGAUGGGACAUACGAGCGGCGAGGGGAGGAGAUGCAGAUGCAGUUGGAUAAAGAGGCAGAGGGGCGAGCCUUCGAUUUCAUGUGGAGCUGA